CCGAGGGUGAAGGGUGUACUUAUACUGCCAAUGCUGACUUUCUCAAUCAGCAGUCAAUGAAGAACACCUGUCCGUCAUUACCUUCUCAGUCGGGAUCGACCACCGAGUACUUCCUGUUUCACAUUUAAUUGGUGCUCUGACACCAGAAGAUGUCAUUUUGCCUCCCAACCAAGAUGGCUACUUGUGUUCUUCCACGUCAGUUGCUCUUCGGUGCACUGUGCUGCUGGAAUGUCCUUUGCUUUCCAGAUAAAAAUGGCUGGAGCCAGCACGGCCCUUAUGAGGGCAGUUUCACUAAUAAGGAGGUCGGUCCUUAUCCCUCGUCCAGGUCGCGCCCCCCUGCUGUGGCGUACGUAGUGCGGUCUGGUUCAGGAGCCUAUCCAACGACUUCCCGCCUCACUGUGGACAUGUCCAGUGAGGCCUCAUGGCGUGCGCCUCCUGUUUGGGAUCCUUUGGAAGGGUCGGCGACCCCGUUCGGAAGAUCUCAGCCCGCGCCUAACGUCGCACCUCCGCUUUUCCUUCAAGCAGGCGAGCUUGACCGCGAUGCAGCGAGCUCCGAACAAACCGAGUGGCCGAUCUUUCCUGCGCCGCCGCCUCAACGUCCGUCAUCCCCCGGCUCCCCGGCUGGGGAGUCCAGCCUGUACGCGUCGGACCUCGAGACCGGGAUGGGAGAGUGGGAAAUGGAAGAGCGGAUGCCCCUGCCUCCCUAUGCCUCGCCGCCGCUGGGGGUCGAGGUGUCUGCUGCUUCGAGCACGCUCACCGCAUCUCCUGCAGUUCCACUGGAGCAGCCAGCAGGGGGACGGGGCCAGCGCGACCUCUUCUAGAGCGGUCCGCUUCCUUCUGGCUCACACGCUUCGUCGUGG